GAAUGAAUGAAGAUGCUGCCCAACUCUUGCAUAAGGGAUUUGGACAGUAAAUGGAUGAGUUUAUCGACGAAAGGGAUGAAAGAAUGAAGAUGCUGCCCAACUCUUGCAUAAGGGAUUUGGACAGUAAAUGGAUGAGUUCACCGACGAAAAGGAUGAAUGAAUGAAGUUACUGCUUAACUCUUGCAUACGGGAUUUGGACAGUAGCAAUAGGGAUGAGCUAGAGUAGAAAGUCGAGGAAAUACAGACGAAGGAAGGCUGUCCCAGAGUUUACCAGCGAAAGGAAUGAAAGAAUGAAGAUGCUGCUUAGCUCUUGCAUAAGGGAUUUGGACAGUAUAGAGAUGAGCUAAAAAGUGGAAGGUCGAGUGCAGCGCUAUGUAUCCGUUCCCCUGCAGACACAUAUCGGUGGACGUAUACGGAAAAUGUGGAAGCAAAAAGUGCGGCCACAGUCUCUCCUUCAGGUCGGAGGGAAGGUUACAGACGGAGUGCAACACCUUGAUCGAGGGAUACAUGUUCUACCUCGCCUUUGAGAACGCCAUCUGCCAGGACUACAUCACAGAGAAGUUUUACCAAGCCCUAACGUUGGAUGUGAUUCCCGUGGUGCUCGGGGGCGGGGACUAUCUGAACGAGGCGCCCCCACACUCCUACAUCGACGCCCUGGCCUUCCCCUCCCCGAAGAAGCUGGCAGAGUACCUGAAGCGAGUCGCCGAGAACAGGGAAGCUUAUAACAGGUACUUCGCGUGGAAACCGUACUACACGGUGGAGCUGGGUCAUCCUUUCCUCCAGCUCGUGUGUGACCUCUGCGCCAAGCUGCAUGACCCCGCCUCCCUCGCCCUCCCUAACGUCACCAGGUCGGCGAGAGAGCGUGCCGGCGUGGUGGGCGUGGCGCGGGGGCGGGACGGUAACGGCAGCUACCCGGACAUUGCGGGCUGGUUCUCGAUAGCCACCGGGUGUCGCCGAAGGUGGAACGACUCGUCCAACGACCCGGCACACCGCCACACCAGCAGUUAGCAGCAGAGGGCCAAGCGAGGAAGCUUUUAGUAGCAUACGCCCACACGAGACAAACCCACGGCUGUUUUUAGUAGCAUAUGACCACAGGACCCGAUUGUCUUGACAAAUAUAUAGGCGCCGGGAGUUCCCCUGUUUGAAAAGCCUCUCUUAAAAGUCGCUGGGAUUUCUAUGGCUUGUUCUGUGAUCCGAGUUGAUUGGAGUAAAUUAAUUUUUUUGGAGCUCAAUGUAAAGAAAACUAAGGAGAUGAUAUUCGAUUUCAGAGCUAAAAAUAAACACGUACCAGAUCUAUUAAAAAUUGAGGAGGAAAACGUAGAGAGAGUAAGCCAGUAUAAGUAUCUGGGUUUUAUGAUCGAUGACCAGUUAAAGGGCAGUGUUAAUACAGAUAUGGUGGCAAGGAAAUGCAACCAAAGAUUACACUUUGUACGUAUCUUGAGCAAUCUACGUGUGGAUAAAGUGAUAAUUAGCCUAUUUUAUAAAUCAACAUUAGAAUCAGUUUUAAGCUUUUCAAUCACUGCCUGGUAUGGAAAGCUUACCUGUAAAGAUAAAAACAAGCUAGGAAGGAUUGUUAAAAAGGCAGGAAAACAAGGUGCAGAGACCAUAUCACUAGAUAAUCUUUAUCAGACAGGUACGAUGAAACAAGUAGACGGGAUUAUGAAAGAUAUAACUCAUCCGCUACAUAAUUGCUAUACACAUCUAAGAUCUGGUAGAAGGUUAGCUCUGCCCAUGCAGCGUACUGACAGGUACAGAAAGUCAUUUGUACCUUAAAGCAUUCUUCUCUUUAAUCACCCAUCAUCACUAUAACUUUCAGGUGUAAGUAGUCAUAAUAACUGUAUAUGAUAGUUUGUGAUAAAGGUAGAAAUAACUUAUUACGGCAUGUAUACGAUUUUUAUAUGAAUAGCCCAAGUAAUGUUUUUAGUAAUGUUUUUAAUGUUUUUAAAUGACUUUUUUGCUUCAUUGAUUUUAUUUAUUUUUAACGAACAAAUAACUACUAGGGAGCUCUUAAGCCAAAAUGAAUUUCAUUUUGUAUACAAAAUUUAAUGUAUCACAAUUUGACGAAUAAAGUAUCUAUCUAUC